GAGGGAGGAUCAGCAAAGAGGGAAGCGCUGCCCAUCUGGCGUGAGGGUUGGACGCGUCCUUUGAAGGAAAAGGAGCGGCUGCGGCGCACAAACCUUUCCCCGGCCGGGCGCGGCAGCGACUUUUGAAAAGCGCCGGGAGAAGCAAGUGAGCGAGACGGGCCUCCCAGGGCGCAGGUCCUGGAGACUAUGGGCCGCAGUCGUGGACUGGGUGUCCUCCUGUUGCUGCCCGCUUUGUUGUCCGGGAGCUCGGCGGAGAAGCUCGGUGAUGGAUGUGGGUCUAUAGUCAUCUACCGAGACAGUGGAACUCUGACAUCCAAAAACUAUCCUAGAACUUAUCCCAAUCAUACUGUCUGCGAAAAGAAAAUUCAGGUACCUCAUGGAAAGCAGCUGAUCUUAAAAAUUGGAGACUUGGAUAUAGAAUCCCAGAAAUGUGAAUUUAACUACCUUAUCAUCUACAAUUCCACAACAGUAUAUGGACCUUAUUGUGGCAACGUGCCCAUCCCCAAAGAAAUCAUCUUGGAUUUUCAUGAAGUAACCAUUCGCUUUGAGAGCAGGUCCCAUGUAUCUGGCCGGGGCUUUCUCCUGUCCUUCACCAGCAGUGAUCAUCCAGAUCUAAUCACAUGUCUGGAGAGAGGCAGUUACUACACAGAGCUGGAGUAUAGCAGGUACUGUCCUCCUGGUUGCAGAGAUAUAAUAGGAGAUAUUUCUGGUAAUAUCAUAGAAGGCUACAGAGAUACAUCCUUUUUGUGCAAAUCUGCCAUACAUGCUGGAAUCAUUGCAGAUGAAGUGGGUGGCCAGAUCAAUGUAGUUCAGUUGAAAGGAAAAAAUCGGUAUCAGAGUAUCUUGGCCAAUGGCAUCCUUUCCCAAGAUGGAUCUCUAUCAAACAAGCGAUUUAUUUUUAACUCAAAUGGUUGUGACACAGCACUGAGUUUAGGAGGUGGAGAUGCUUUGAAUAUUCAGAUGACCGCAUCAUCAUCCUGGAAUGAAAUCAAUGAAGUUGGGGACUUAGUUGAGUGGUCUCCUCAGAAAGCUUGGCUUAAAGUUCCUGGACCAUCUUGGGCAGCAAACCAGAGUAACCAUCAGCAGUGGCUGGAAAUUGACUUGGGAGAGAAAAUUAGAAUUACAGGAAUUAGAACUGCGGGGUCUACUGUGCUUCAUUUUAAUUAUUACGUGAAGACAUUUGUUGUGAACUAUAAAAAUAAUAACACAAAAUGGAGAACCUACAAAAGAAUCUUAAGCAAUGAAGAAAAGGUAUUCAAAGCCAACUCAAAUCAUGGAGAUGUAGUUCGGAAUAAUUUUAUUCCCCCUAUAGUAGCUCGUUUUCUGAGAAUUAUUCCACAGACCUGGUACAAAAGAAUAGCCCUGAAAGUGGAACUUAUUGGUUGUCGAGCAGUCCGAAGUAACAGCUCUCUUAUUCAUCCACUCGGGCAAAGACCAAGUCAAAGCACAGGCGUUCCCACUAAAAAAGAUGACCGAUCAAGCACAGAAUAUAUACCUUUAGUUGAAACCAACUUAGGACUGAAUCUUAUGGCUGUCAUUAUUCCAACCCUUGUGGUGCUUUUGCUGCUCCUGUUAUUGGGAACCUGGAUCUUUACUGCACUACGAAAAAAAGGAAAGCAAGCUACUACGUAUGGUUCAUCUGACACUGGAAAACCAAGUUUCUGGAAACAAAUUCAACCACCCUUUGUCCGAUAUCAGUCUGCAGAAUUCACCAUCACUUACAAUAAUGAAAAAGAGGCACCCAAAGAGCUGGAACUGAUCACAAGCGAGAUGACAGAUUAUCAUCAGCCCAUCAUGAUAGGAACUGGGACAGUUUCCUGGCAGGGAUCUACUUUUAAACCAAUGGACACGGAGGAUGAGAAAAAAUGUCUCUCAGAGAACAAAAAUCAUUACAACCGCCCGCAAAAAAGAAAUCACCAUGAUUAUGCGCUACCUCUGACCAAUCAGGAACCGGAAUACGCCACACCUAUUGUAGAGCGAUGUACAGGAAUUGAAAAUGUUUUUUCUUCAGAUAAUUGCUACAACGUUCCUGCUGUUUCUUCUUUUCCUUCUGGAACUUUUCUUGCCUUAUGCGAGGCAGAUGGGAACAGUGGAGAUUAUAAAAUACCACAAAACAUUAAAGAGUAUGAUAAGCCUAAAACUAGUAUCUUGCCCAUAGUGGACUAUAAUACAUGCUAUCAAAAACCACAGGCCAAAUCCCUGACAAAUGAAGAUUACUCAACACCUAGAUACAACCUCAAACCAAUAAAUCAGACUGCAGUGACAGCACUCUUAUAAUCCAGAACUCAUGAAAGGAUCCAGGAAAAGGAAAGGACCUAAGAAUACUGACAUUCCUGCAGAAUUUGAGUAAUAGGCCAAUUUUCCUUCUUUUCACCAUGAGGAGCCUUCAGAAUAAGGUCUGCAAGCAGUGGAUUCUCUACAGUUGAGUUGUUGGUGCUCCAUUUAAUACCGUGCAAUGUGUACAUACAGUUUUAAUUU